GCCAGAGCCGAGAAGGAAGCCUUCGUGAGCGGCCGCGCUGCGCCUCAGCAGCGGCUCCACACCCGGCUCGGCGGCCGAGCGCCUCGUUUCCCCGGCUCGUCGAAGUCCUCCUCCUUGUCCUCCGCGUGUCCCCGCUACCCCGUCUCCCUCCCACCUCGCUUCCCCGGACGCCCCCGUAGCCCUCCGGCGAGGGCGCCCCGGGACGGAAGGGACCAGCGGCAGCCUGUCGGCGCCCGCCGCGCUCGCCGUCGCCGUCGCCGUCGUGGUGGUGGUGGUGACCGCCGUCGCCUGGGCCAUGGCCAACUACAUCCACGUCCCGCCCGGCUCCCCCGACGUGCCCCGGCUGGACGUGACCGUGCAGGACCAGGAGGAGCGGCGCUGCCGGGAGGGGGCCCUGCGCCUGCUGCAGCACCUGCGGCCUCACUGGGACCCCCGGGAGGUGACGCUGCAGCUGUUCACAGAUGGGAUCACAAACAAGCUCAUUGCUUGCUACGUGGGCGACACCAUGGAUGAUGUUGUCCUGGUGAGAAUUUACGGCAAUAAGACGGAGCUGCUUGUGGAUCGAGACGAAGAGGUGAAGAGCUUCCGGGUGCUGCAGGCCCAUGGCUGCGCACCCCAGCUCUACUGCACCUUCAACAAUGGGCUCUGCUACGAGUUCAUCCAGGGCGAGGCGCUGGACCCCCAGCACGUCUGCAACCCAGCCAUCUUCAGGCUCAUAGCUCGUCAGCUUGCCAAAAUCCACGCUAUCCACGCACACAAUGGCUGGAUCCCCAAAUCAAAUCUGUGGCUAAAGAUGGGAAAAUAUUUCUCUCUCAUUCCUACAGGAUUUGCCGACGAGGAGCUUAAUAAAAGGUUCCUAAGUGAUAUUCCAAGCUCUCAGCUUCUGCAGGAAGAGAUGGCAUGGCUGAAGGACAUUCUUUCUAACUUGGGCUCACCCGUUGUGCUUUGCCACAAUGACCUAUUGUGUAAAAAUAUCAUCUAUAAUGAGAAAGAAGGUGAUGUACAGUUCAUUGAUUAUGAAUAUUCUGGAUACAACUACUUGGCAUAUGAUAUUGGAAAUCAUUUCAAUGAAUUUGCAGGUGUGAGUGAUGUAGACUAUAGUCUCUACCCAGAUAGGGAGCUGCAAGGCCAGUGGCUACGGGCCUACCUCGAGGCCUACAAAGAGUACAAGGGCUUUGGCACCGAGGUCACUGACAGCGACGUGGAAACCCUCUUUAUUCAUGUCAACCAGUUUGCAUUGGCUUCUCAUUUCUUUUGGGGACUGUGGGCUUUGAUUCAAGCCAAAUACUCCACUAUUGAGUUUGAUUUCCUCGGGUAUGCCAUCGUUCGUUUUAAGCAGUACUUUAAAAUGAAGCCGCAAGUGAUGGCGUUGAAAGUGCCUGAGGAAAGAGGAGACCCCACUGUCCUCAAGUAGUUGAGCUUGCUGCUCUGGAGUUCGUUUUUUUUUUUUCUUAAGAAAUUCCAAAAAGCCAAUAUUUGUUACAAUUGUUAUUUAAUUUGGUUCUGUUGCUUUACAAAUUAUGCCUCUAAACAACCAAUCUAUUUUUAAACUUCGACUAAAUGAUGUCAAGGAAUAGACGAGGGCUCUCCCAGAUGGAGUGGCUUAGGAGUUCAUUCAGUCUGCUGAAGUAGAAAGAUGGGAGUUGAAGCCUUCUCCCAUAGUUUACUCUGUGUCAGAUGUGAAUUAUUUAUUGUGAAUCGAACCCGAGAGUGACUGCUCUCACUUUGCAUCUGUGUGUUGAGUGUAUGCAAUGAGAACGUUCUAGAAAAAAAACACAUUUCUAUGGCUUUGUGUAUAAGGUUCAUUUUAGAGAAACCGUCUUGUUGUUCAGUGUGAUCUGCUCAGUGUACAGUGAAUCAUUUCCUGCCCCAGCGCAGCCUGGCGUAGGUAACUUGGGGUGUGCAUAUAUAAACAACUGUCUGUUUAGGAACAGAUGUUCUCAGUCUCCGUCAGGGGUGGGAGGGUACAUCUUUCUAGGUUAAAUAUUAGAAAUUACAUCUUUGGGAAAUCCAAUUUAGAAUGCAAUUAUAUGUUUUCUGGAGAAAUUGGAAUGAGCACAACAAAGUCGGAAUUAAGUAAUGAUUUCAACUGUGAAAUGUGGUCAUUGGGUCCUACUUGUUUUCAAAAUCUUUACUUUGUGAAAUGACUUGUCACCAAAACACUUUUGGUUCUCUUGAGAUUGGUUUUGUUUUUGAAACAACAGCUGGCAUUGCUGAUUUUUGAAAGUUGAUUGUACUUGCAAACAGGAAGAUAGCACCCCAGUGACGUGUGUGUGUUCGGGUUUCCUGUUGUACGCUGGCUGGGGCUUAGAUGAGCAAAUGCUGUGAUUGGUGCUGUGAUUCCAGUCAGGUGGUGGCGGCCCUUAGAGAACCACAUAAGGACCAUUUACACAUUGAUCUUGCACACCUCAAAUCUGACAAGUAAGAAAAUGUGAAUGAAGCAGAAACAGCUCACGCAGGAGGGCUUGUGUUGUGUUGCUUUGUCUUGUUUCUAUUCCAGUGUGCUGUUCACUUGGUUGGUGGGGGAGAGAUGGAGGGUGUUAUGCCGGACAGCUGUAGCCUCUGGAGACAGCUCUGGGGGCCUGACUCUCCGUAGAAAAUUAUAGUCCUGCAAGCUUUGCACUUUGGCCACUCAAGUGCACAUGCGGCUGACUGGAUCAGCAUAGUUAAAUCGUGCAGCCUCCUGUUCAUCCUCUGAAUGAACUUACAUUCCAAGUGACAUAGCCCCAGACAAGUGCUUUAAAAUACUUGGAAUAUCAAGCUGUUCAAAGCUAAUGAAGUAAGUACAAACACUUAAAAAGGCCAUUUUACCUGGUAACUUCUACUUACAUCCGUCCUACAGUAUGUGUUUGUGUCUUUAACAGUGUUAGACCAAGAUUUGGUUUCUACCUCCCCAAUUAUAUAAACGUUUGCUUUUGUCUUUUUUAAAAAAUUUUAUAAACGACAUUACUGUAAGAUCAAUAAAAUCUUUGCCUAGUUGAUUAACUGAAUGGAACCAAUUAAAUCAUAGCUUUUUUUUUCCCUGUCAGAGUGACAAUUGCAUUUGGUAGAGAUUUCAUUUGUGACUGGAACAUUAUUCUAGAAUAAUGAAGGUAGAAUAUGCUCUGGAGUCUUUGCUUCCUCCCUUUAAAGUACAAGAGUAGAUAAUCUUUGAGAACUAGGGGAGGAGAGGAGAUCAUUCUUUUGCCUUGCCUCCUACUCUUCCUUGAAGCUGUUAUGAAUAGAGAGAGACUUGCUGAGCCACUGCUGGUAUUCUGUGAAGCCCCCGCUGUGGGUGUUUGUGGGGUUUCCAGGGUGUGGAUGUGCCAGCACCCCGGACUCCCCCUCCAGCUGGGGGCCUCCAAACCUGUGCCAGGAGCCACACUGUCACCCCACACUGGCUGGGUUUCAGGGGUUGUGCAGACUUGGCAAGAGGAGUCAGGGGAUCCUUGGGGGUCUUAAGUCCCCACAGCACCCAAAAUUCAGCCUCUGAUCUGGCCCAUACUUUGUAAGAUAUCAGUUGCCUUUUUUGCGUUUGCUAAGGGACUCAAAUGCCUUACCCAGCCCCGCACAGGCGAGCUCACCUGGAAGCACGCAGGUGUCAUCCAGGUGCCGGCCUUGGGUGUGCAGUGUUAGAUUGUGGUGGCCUGAUGCUUUCACAAGCAAACUCCCAUGUCCUGUCCCCGUCUCCCCCCCCCCCCCAUCUCCUUUUACACACUUGUGUGAUCCUCCCUGCCACUCUCACUCCCAUUUUCUGGAAAAAUCCACCCAUGUGGCUGUAAACCCAUCCUGAUCCUGAUUGUGUGAAGUUGAUACGAGCACAAAACUCAUCAACCUGGCCCGGCCAGAGUGUAUAUAGACCCCGUGUAAAUAGAGCCUUGUAAAUGAGUGUGCAUUCUGUUCUGCAGAUGGGGCUGUACUGUCUGCACUCUUCCUCUCCUUGGACUUGUUCUGUCAGGAAAUGACAGACCGGAAGCAGCCGGCAGUUGUGGCUGCAGAGCAAGAGCGAUUGGAAAUAGGGCCGGUUGAUUUAUCUGUUAGCUUCUCAGUGCCUAGGAAGACUGCCUUGCCCCUAGCUCCUUCUCCUAUGAGGUUGGAUUCUUGGAAGCAGUGCAUGUACAGACUGGAGUAGUAAGAGCUCUGCUUCCUUGAAUCACAGGCUCAAAGGGAAUGAAAGGUGGAAUUUCAUGAGUGAUUACCUUUUCCUUUUUGUAGGGUUGCUCAUGUUUACUACCAAAAACAAUCUCAGUAUGUAAUGUCACACAUACCACAGACCUGACAAACUGACAUCUCUUAGUUUAAUUGGCAGAGCUCAGCGGAAGACACGCAACCUUAAGCUUACUUUAGAUCAACAGAAAAUAACGUGGGCAAAAUUUUAAUGACAAAAAUUGCUUUUUCUUUUUUCUUUUUGGCCAAAAGUACUUUAUCUUUGUAAAUGUUACUCAAGUGUCCCGACUUCUAAAAAAGAGUUUUCUCAAAUGCUCUGAAUUGUAAUUUAAAAUUUUUACUGCAUGACUCAGAUAAUUUUUAUGUUACCCAGAUUUCUUGUGAUCAUUAUUUCAUAACAUAAAUACUAUCAGCCUGAUCUGUUCCGAAUUACCUUUAAACACUUCAUACUGCACCAUAAACCAAUGCAGAUUUAUGCAUUGAUAUGAAUCCAUCAUUUUGUAGAGAGACAAACUCAGCAAUGGUUUGUUGGAGGAAAAUUGUUCUGGGAGCAACUUGUGCGACUUGAGCCACCAUUACGCACAGAGAGAAAAGAAUGGCACGGAUGUGGUAAACCAGCUGUAUCUAUUCCAGAGUGGAUUUGCUCUGAUUUUCUCCCCUUUGGUCAAAUCGAUUUUCUCAUGAGUGCUGACUGGGGAAUUGAGUUCUGAUUGUUCUUGAGACGCACAGAAGGUGUAUGGAGCCAUCUGUGCUGUCACCUGUCACCUGUGUUCCGGCAGUACUGUGUGUUGGGCGUGCUGUCUUUAAACAGAAACAUGUAGCAGUUAUUUCAAAAGCAUUUCCCUCCAUUUUGGGGAACUUCUCUUGUGUAUUGCUCCAAGAAGAAAUACUUAGGGUUUUGCACAGCUUGGAAUACUUGAAAAGUGAAAUCAAGAUUUCUUGCAUAAUAAGUUAAAAAUUUCCCCAGAUAAUUUUUUUACACGGAAACUUUCAUUGCUGGUUCAAAAUAUAAUAGAAUAUCUAAACUACUGGGAUUGGAACAAAUAAUGAUGUUUAUAAACCCUAGGAACCACUUCACAUUUGAGGAAUCCAACCCAACUGUUCUCCUGAAGUUUCCUUAAUUUUUUUUUUCUAUUCUGUAUGUGUACUUAGAAUACUACUGACAUAGAAGAGUUAAAAUAUUGUAUCUGUUCAUUUUGAACCCUAUAGCUUUUGUAGUUAUGCAAACCUUACUCUCUAAAUUCUUCUUAAUCUCACCGUUUGGUUAUCUUACUGUUAUUUUGCAUACCACGGAUCAUUUAAGUAAAACACUAGAUGGUUUAUAAAAAAAAAAAAGAAACUGAAACAUCACAUACUGUAUUCCAGCUAGUUAGUGAAGAGUAAGGGGGAAACUAAACAACCCCAGACGAUUGGAAGUGCAGACUUUCCUUGCCUUGGUUAAGUUUCAAAAUAACCAAGAGCCCCCAGAGUAAUUUGGAAUCCUCCUCCUUCACCCUGGAGAAGGAGUACUUGCUUUGCUUGCCGUGGUUCUCGUUGUGGUACUUAAACCUAGGUAGUACCAUCCUGAACCCAGCUUCUUGCUGAUUGUGUACUGAAUGAAAUCCACCAGGUCGUUUCCAUGACAUGAAGUAUUUGAAGUUUACAAAAGAUACUGUAUUCCAAGGAAGAGAAACAUGGUAUUACCCCAUGUGCAAGGAAAAAAUACAAAUAAAUGUCAUUAUGUUAGCUGUAUGUUGAAUGGGGACAUUGUGUAUCAAAUGUGAACUCUAGUAGAAUAAUGCUGCUUUGUAUAUACUGGAAGUGCUACAAAAUAGUCCCAGCACUGAGAAAUAGAUCCAGGCGGCUGGAAGGGUGAGGGGGGUGGGUUGGCUAUGCCUGGACAAGUAUCUGACUGAGUGGCUGAGAAUUUUGUUAAGUCUGUUUGCUAAUGGAGAUACUUCCUGGUUUUUUGUUUGUUUGUGUUUGGGUUGCAUCUUUUCAUGUUUAAGAUUUAAUUUUUACAUUUUUAUGACUUAAUUUAAGUAAACAUUGUUCUGUGGAUAAAAUGGCAUAGCGGGCGAGAAUGGCAACAGCCUCUUUCAGCCAGGCAACCCGCCUAAAUGUUCUGUGUUCUUGAUCCACUGAAUGAAGCUGUUUUUCUUGUUUCAAUCUCUUAAGUGAGGUUUAGGCUUUAUUUCUGUUGAUAAGGCUUUUUACCAUUGAUUAGAUGAAGGAAUGUAUCUUUUUGAAGAGAUUUAUAUUCUGUAAAUAAAAAUCCGUUGUAACAAUAAAGUUGGGCUCU